AUGGCCGCGAAGUCGGACGGCACGGCUGUGCCGUUACAGAAUGACAUCCAGCCUUUGUGUGCGCACACUCCCGUGCUGAGCUCGCCACGCGGCCGUUACACUCUGCUGGACUGCUGCUGGACGCUCGGUGCUCUCCUCGUGUUUUUCUCGGACGGGGCCUCCGACCUGUGGCUGGCCGCCGACUACUACCUGCGACGGGACUACCGCUGGUUCGUUCUCACCCUUGUCUUCGUGGUCGUGCCGUCUGUGGUGGUCCAGGUGCUGAGCUUCCGCUGGUUCGCUUAUGACUACUCGGAGUCGAGCAGCGCCGGUUCCGCUGCGGCAGCCGUGGUGGCGGCAUCCGGAGCUCAGAGGCGCUUCAGCACCACGGAGAGCGGCGCCCGGACCCAAUGCUGCAGAGCCUGCGCCUGGCUCUUCCAUAGCAUCGUGCACAUCCUUCAGCUAGCUCAGGUCUGGAGGUACAUCCAUGCCCUGUAUCUGGGAGUGCAGAGCCGAUGGCGUGGGGACAGCGGACAUAGACACUUUUACUGGCGCAUGAUGUUCGAGAAUGCGGACAUCAGCAUGCUACGGCUGCUGGAGACCUUCCUAAAGAGCGCUCCUCAACUCGUCCUGCAGCUCAGCAUCAUGGUUCAGGCCAUGCAGGUCCUCCCUUUACAAGGCCUGUCUGCUUCUGCUUCUCUGGUGUCUCUUGCCUGGAUGAUGGCAUUCUACCAAAAGGCUCUGCGGGACUCCCGUGAUGACAAGCUGCCCAUGUCUUACAAAGCAGCAGUUGUGCAGAUGCUUUGGCAUUUGUUCAUGGUUGGAGCACGUGCUAUGGCAUUUGCACUGUUCGCCUCAAUAUUCCAACUCUACUUUGGGAUCUUCAUCGUGGCCCACUGGUGUGCCAUGACCUUUUGGAUCAUCCAAGGUGAGACUGACUUCUGCAUGUCCAAGUGGGAGGAAAUCAUUUACAACAUGAUGGUGGGCAUUGUGUACGUGUUUUGCUGGUUCAGUGUGCGAGAGGGACCUACACGUUGCCGCCUGCUUCUCUACAGCCUUAUAGUAUUAGCCGAAAAUGUGGCUCUCACUGCUGCAUGGUACUUGUACCGUGGCCCACACAUCUCUGACUUCUAUGCUGUGGUGGUGGUGUGUGUGGUGGCCUGUAGCUAUGCCCUGGGUACCUUCUUCAUGUUUGUGUAUUACUGCCUGCUACACCCAGAUGGUCCAGUGACUGUUGCCCAUCUAGGAUGUGGCACAGUGGAUGUGGGUGCUGUGUCAGAGGCUUGUCUCUCAACAGCCACCUCUGCUCCUCCUCCAGAUGUGGUGAGUAGCCCACCCAGGACGUUGCAAAGGACUAAAGGAGGAGAGCAGGAAAAUUCAGUUGAAGGGGCAGAUGUCUUUCAGGUGCGCCCCCCUGCUGGUUUAAGGACUCCUGCACCUCGCUCCACCCCAAAGACAGAAGGGCCGGUUAUUCGAAUUGACCUGCCCAGGAAGCAGUACCCUGCCUGGGAUGCUCACUUCAUUGACCGCAGGCUGCGCAAGACCAUCUUGGUCCUAGAGGGUGCAGCACCAGGCACACCCAGGAUCCAGUACCGCUGUUUGGGCACACCAAAGGAGGUCAUGGAGUAUGAAACAACAGUGUGAAUGCCAUACAUUCUUCUAAGAGAGCACUCCAGCUCUUGACGUAUAAGCCUGCAGUCAGAUUACCCUGGUGAAAAUGUCAUUACAACAGGCAGAAGAAAAAGAGAUAGAGAAAGAGGAGUGUACAGACAGUACCUGCCAGGUCUCCACAUUAUAUGAAUUCUUUUUUGUCUUUGACAUCUGUAGAAAAAUGCAUUAUAAGCAGUGGGAUCUGAGUGGUUAAGGCUUCUUGCUAGUAACAAGAUGUUGGGUUCAGAUUCUAGGGUUGUCAGAGAGCCAUUCUUGGCCUUUUUAAACAAAAUCCCUGAUUGCUGUGCUAAAUGCACAGGUUGUUUUCUAGUAUCUUUGGGUAAAAGCAUCCAUAAAAAUACAUAAUACUCCAGCUUAUUUCAAACUAAUCUUUAUCUAACCUUUUAUUAACCAGGGCAUCUGUUCUGAAGCUUUAAUUUCUAAGUUAAAUUAAACAUCACAGUUAUAAUAGAGACUUUUUUCAGACCCAAAGAAGAACAAAUAAACAUCUCAAUGUCCCAAAGACCAAACAAAUAAUAACGUGUAAAAACCGGACUAGCAUUAAUGUAUUUUAUACAUUUCAUAUGGGACUGAAAUAGUCAUCUUGUUUAAACCUGAAGUGCCAAACAAUAGAUGUCUUUUUGCUUGAUUCUUCACGGUACAAGUUCUGCUUCACUUCAGUUAUCUCUGUUUUUGUUUUUCCCCAAACUAAGGCUAACAGCAAUCAUCUAUUGAGUUUAAUAGCUAAUAAUAGCAUUUUUGGAUGCCUACAUGAAUAAUGGGUUCUUUACUCUGUGGUCUUACUCUAAUGAUGUCACCUUGCAGUUACUGCCUGUAGCUUAUUUGUUUGUGAAUUUAAAUAGACAGCCAUAGGACUCCCAAUCAGGAAUUAUUUUACUGCUGAACCAUUCCAGCACUAGUAGAACUUGUAUGAGUAAACCAUUUUGAGCAAUGGUCCUGGGGUUUUGAACACUGUCUAUGUUUACACUAGAGAUUAGGCAUAAUAGGCACAAAUGUUAAUCCUUCUCUAGUCCUUUGUUGUUGUCAGUUUCUGAUCAUAUCACUGCAUUUGCCUGGAUAAUUUUGAUUGAUGGGUAUUUUUAAAACCCUCAAGUAAAACUAAGGUUACAUUUAAAAAGAAUAGUGUGAAUGCGCCCACUGACAAGAACUGUAUUUCUAGAAAGUGAACAUUUAUAAUCGACCUGAUAAAAUGUGUCAUUUUCAGUGUAGUUUAUGUACAUCAUAUUCACAUAUUUUACAUUUUACCUGCUACAGAAGAAGUGGAUAGAUACAGAAUAGAUUGAAAAGGCUGGAGUAUUACUUUAAUGAACAUAAAUGUGUUAAAGUAUGCUAUUUUUGGUGGUCCAAUUUUAUAGCAUGUGUGCUACAGAAACCCAGAGAGAGAGGAUAGGAUGCAAAGAUACCAGAGACUACAAAGUAUACAUCAGGUUGUGUUCAAGUAGAGUGAUGAUAUUCUUCAUAUAUUCUUAAAAUAUCUUCAUAAAAAUGGUCUGGUUUCAAACCACAACUAAAAGAUUUGCCUGAUUGUUAACUUUUAUUCGUUAUUUAUUUAUAGAGACUGAGGUAUUGUAGCUUUUAGGUGAGGUAAAAUUUAUGAACAAAUAUAUUUAUUCAUCAGUGUUCAGCCCAUGUCAAAAACUAUAAUAUAGCAGAUUAAAAAACAACAGAACAAAAACAAUCCAAAUUUAGAAUUUGAGGAUCCUUUCAGACAAAAAAUACAAGACAUUCCCCAUAAAUACGUUUUUUAAUACUUCUGCAGUAUUUGACAGAUGAUGUCUAAAAGCUAACAGGGCUCAGCUCUUUCAGGUUCAACUAGACUAUAAGAUGUUUGCAAUGAAUCAAACUGUAGUGUAUGUUUACAUGUUUAAAGUCAUACUCUUUUUUAGAAUUAAUUAAGAUUAGCAUUGUGGUUACAUGGCCAUGAAGAUUGGAUCAACAUGAGCAAUAAAUUCAGACGUUCCUGCAUUAUAAAAAUUGUAAUUAGAAGGAUUUUCCACCAAUAUAUCUGUAAAUUGUUGGUGAAUCAUUAACUUCAUUUUGAUCAAAGCAUCUAUUCAUCAUAUGUGAUACAUAGCAUGAUGUUUACAUACAUUAGUUUCUAAAUAGGUUGUCUCCCAUCAAAACUAUGUGUGUGACAUAAACACACAUAAGCUACUAUUUGGACCAGAACUUGUAUGUCUCGACUUGUUUUCUAUUUUUAGAAUGUAAAUGUAUGGUAUUUAAGCUUUCUGUGAUAAAGAAACAGACUCAAUGAAUAUUCUACCAAAAUAAUUAAAAGAGGUACAUAAUUCAAAAGACAGAAUUCCAUUUGAACUUAGCAAGGAUGAUUAGCUAUCUGUUAGAAAGGCUUAAUAAGAAGAAAUUAUUGUUUCAGUGUAGUAUAUUGUAAUAGCAUGGAAUUGUGGUGCUGGUAAGCAAGACGGUGCAUCCAAAAAUACAGAAACAUAACGUUUCA